GAAACCCGAGCCUCUCAGUGGUAGUAGCGCUGCUGCGCCCAGCCCCAGUCACACCUCAGAGGGAUGGACAGCUUUAACAUCUGCCACCUUUUUGCAUAACAGGACAUUUAUAUUUCAGAGGGAUUCGAGGUUGGUAGCACAGUCGCGCGGCCGCCGACCUUCUGAAGUUAAUGAAGUAAAAAUGUGAUGCUCGUUUUUGCGCUUAUGUUUGUUUUGAGGAUUUCCCCAAGUUUCCAGACUGGAGUUUUCCCUCCUGAUGUCUUUACUCUGAUCAGUUCAGAUGAACCUGGAUCCAUCCAUCUGAAACAGCAGCAGCUACUACAGAAGCCCUAAGUUUAUCAUCAUCUUCAUCACCACCAGUGCUCUCUGCCACACACACUCGCAGGGCGCUGUGUGAGAGCUCUCCAGUGAUGUCUAAAACACAGAGAUCUUCCUCCAGAACACACUCACGCUCAGCCUCCAGAUCCAGGUCACACUCAGAGUCCCGCUCCAGAUCUCGAAGCAGCUCCCGCUCCCGCUCCAGGAAGCACCGCUACGGCUCUAGGUCUCGCUCUCGCUCAAGAUCCCAUUCUCCAGCUUAUAGCCGUGAACGGAAGCAUCCUCGGGACUUUCAGAACAACCGUGAGUUCCGUGGCUACCACAGAGGCUUCCGGAGGCCUUAUUAUUUCCGGGGCCGAGGGAGAGGCUUCUUCAGGGGUCGCUUUCAGCGAGGAGGUGGGGGAGGUGGAGGAGGAGGAGGAGGAGGAUACAACAACAGGUCAAACUGGCAAAAUUUCCGCCAGCAUCCACAACAAAAGCAGCAACAAAAGCAGCAGCAACAGUAUAACCGCAACCCCAAAAGGGGGCGCUCUCGCUCAUGUUCACCCAAGAAGAGUACAGACAGCCCUGUUCAGUGCCGAAGCCAUUCCCACCGCUCUGACAGGUCUUCUUCACCACAUUCACACCACUCCUCUUCCUCCAGCUCUUCCAGACAAAGAUCUGGGUCUGCUAAGCUCAUUUGCAAGGUAACAAGGGAGUGUGAGCCUGCACCCAAUGAAAUCCUGAAAAAUGGAGGAGCAGACACAACACUGGCUGAGCAGGCAGGGUGUACCCCACAGGCAGAGGAGGGUGCAAAUAUAAACGCAGCCUCUGACACAUGGACAGUCCCUAAUGAGCAUGGCGGCAGCCCGAAGAGGGCUAACCCACAUGUGAACUCUGACGUUGCUACUGACCAAGGGGAUCUGGCCAGCAGUGAAACAGGCUCUAUGCCUGUGAGUUCAGGUGCAGCAACCAAUGGUUCCACCUGCUGGAAGACUGUGGCCUCUGCACCUUCUACUGCCAGUUUGUCAAAGAAAAGCCCAACUACAGUUUUUACAAACUUUGGGAUUUUUUCAAAUGCUGACCAACCAGAUGAGGAUACAGUUGCCAUUUCAUUGGCAUUUAAAAAAUUCUUGGAGGAGCAGAAGAGUAAAAAGCAGGCUGCUGCAGCUGAGUUUGGCAUACAAAAAGUUGCAACCAAUGGGGAGACACUAAGUGAAAAAAAGAACAGCAAGCCUGAGGGCGUCUUUGAUCGGCCUCCUGACCCUGGGGUAUCUAAACCUGCAGACCAAAAUGACGAGAGGAAGCGUGAGAAACACAAACCAGUUGAUGCGGUUAAGGCUGACAAGCCACCCAGUAGUUUCUUAAACAGGCCCCAGUUCUUCUGUGAAGACAGAGAGGAAGAAGAGGAUGAUCAGACAGAGGCCUAUUUGCAGAUGAGGGAUGUGGGGAAUGCCACUUCCAAACGCAAAAGCAAAGCAGCCCUGUCUGCUCGUGAACUGUUUGAAGAACACAUCAGUAGAUUGGAAGACAUAGCUUGGGAUGAGGAGCUUGAGGCCUUUCUGCUCAGCCGGAAGCAGGAGAGAGCUGCCAGUAUACUGGCUGCUUUGUCUAAAAGGGAGAAGCUUGGACACAAGUCUGGGGACUUCUCAUCUGAGAAAUCCCCAAAGUUAAGGCAAAAGGAGAAAACUACCCUGUGUCCCUCUCCCACAUACGCAGCUCUUUCUAGAAGGAGCUCUGAAAACCAGGAGCAAGAGAUAUUCAUGACAGUGAGUGACACGUCUCCUCCCAGGCCUUCUGCGAAAAGAGGGAUGGAGUUUAAUCUGAGAAUGGAGUCCCUUAGCAAUGACCUGGCAAGAUCUUCUGUUGUGUCUAAUGAUUGGAAAAAUGCUAUGGACCUUGUGCAUCCUGAUAAUAAGGACCAGAGAUUUCACUCACUCUUCCAGCACCUUACCUGUAAUCAUUUACGCAGGAGUCCCUCAGAGCUCUUUGCUCAACAUGUGGUUGAGAUUGUGCAUCAUAUUAAAGCUCAACAUUUCCCAUCCUCUGGAAUGACUCUAAAUGAUCGAUUUGCCAUGUACCAAAGAAUGGCUGCUGAGAAAGAAAUCAUGAAGCAAAGAAGGAGCCCAGAGAUCCAUAGGAGAAUUGAUGUUUCUCCCAGUGCUUUUAAGAGGCACACUCUCCAGUUUGAUGAGUUGAAAAGCUCCGUGGAUAGCAGCUUCAAGGUAGAUGGUAAACAGCUGAAAGGUGACACAAUGGACCUUCGAUUAGAUAUUGAGCGCCGUAAAAAGUACUUAAGUGGAGAAAUAAAUGGAAAACAGGAAGGUGCAGGAGAAUCAGGGGAAUGUCAUGAACUAGGUGCGGAAAGAUCCACUGAGAAAUCCUGCAAACACCACAAAAAAUCCAAAAAAAGCAAGAAAAAACGAGAGCGGUCACACUCGUCCUCCUCCUCUUCAUCCUCCCUUUCUCAAGAUGAAGAAGUCGAGUCUAUGGAGGAGGGCUUCAGUCAGGCCCAGCUGCAGCUCAGAGAUUGCACUGGGUCCAUGGAAAGAGGGCCGGCACGUGGAGGAUUUCAGCAGUUUAGAAUACGAGGUAGAGGAUGGAACAGAAUGAAUUAUCUGGCAAACAAUAUUAAUGGCAAUAGCAAUGCAUAUGUGUCAGUGCAGUCCAAGGAUGAGGACUGGGAUCCAGAGGACAUGCCUAAAAACAAGAAAUACUACUUGCAAAGCAAAAAGGAUAGUGAAGCUGAGAGGAAGUGGGCAGAGCCUCAAGGGCACAUCCAGACCAGUGUGCCUCGUGUAAAGGGGCGCUUUAUCCUGCGAAGGCCCACCAGUUCGAUCACCACAAACAACCCUGGCUCUAAUUGGAGCUAUGCCAAGUUCCAGGCUAGUGGUGAGGAGGGGGAACAGUCAAGCAACCACACACAGCAGAACCAUAAAGAGCAGAACCAUGCAUGAGUCAUUAUGGAUUUACCGCCAGAUUUCCCCCACUCUCCUAUACUGGGUGGUGUCCCACCCUACCCCACACUGGUGGACAGGACCAGGGAAUUUGUCACACCAUUUAACACCAAUGUCACUUGUUAUUACAAAGUGUGAAAUACAUCUAUACAUACUGAUCAAGGAUGAGAUGGUGUGACAUUCUCUACUUGGCAGAAGACUAAAAGCCCAAAUAUUCUUUUUACUGGGCUUAAUACAAUGUGUUUUUUUCUAGCAUUUUUCCUUAUCAUCAUAUGCACCUGUCUGACUAUUUGGUGAUUUUUUUGCACUUAUUUACUCUUAAAAGCAAAGUUGGGGAUGUUUUUUGUCUUUUUAAUGUUGAUGUUGACUAAGGAAGGCUGAGCAGAUGUCUCAUAAUUGAUAAAAUGUGCAAGGAUAUGAUUUCAUGUGAAACAGAAGCCUGGCAAUAGCCAUUGCAAUAAACAGAAAAUGAACGUCUGUUUCUGAAAAAUAUGACAUCAUUUGUUGUGUAUUUUCAUACUGAUUUCACUGCUGUCAUGCAUAAUGCUUUGACAUCCACAGAAGACUUACAUUUAGAUGAUUUUAAUAGAAGGAAUAUCGAUGUUGUCCAGUGGAAAACAUGUAUUUCCAUUUAUGUUCAUUGCUAAUUUUCAGCAUAAUUUGAAGCCUGUAGCUGCUCUGUACACUGUAUAUAUAUAAUUCAGAAGUUAUAGACCCAUAGAAAUGGGUCUAUAGACCCAUAGAAAGGGGGGGCUAUUUUACAUUGAUUCCAUUUAAAGUCAACAACAUAUUUUCUUUCUACUGUAAAAUCCAAAUUUUUAAGAAUGUUUUCAUUGGACAACAAUGAAAUCCUGUUUUUGUGUCAGUGCAGAGCAUUUACAUCUACUUCAUUUAUCUACCGUUCAAUUCGCUUGUUCAAUAAAUAUUUGCACUGUGGUGAUUGCAUAUACACUUGUAAUAGCCAUUUUAUUAAUGAUUUGCUAAGAUUUGCACCUAGUCCUCGUUUGUAGUUUCUAAUAAUUGUUCUAAAGAUGUGAAGAUGGCCGAGGUUCUUGAAUGAAUGAGAAAGUCUCACGUGGGACCAAACUUCUACAGGUUCAUGUCCCUCUGAACGACACUAGGUUAAAGGAAACUGAUCUGCUCAGUCUAUUGUAGACCCACCCAGCCAACAGCUACAAUGCCUUUCUGCUAUUUACAUUUUGAAGCUGGAUUCAUAAAGAACUUUAUCAGGGACAAGGAUGUGUUAACGCCCUAAUAAGGAAUUGCUGAAACUGGCAGACCAGUCAGACUUCAAACAAAUACCAGAACAUUGCAUAACCAGACCCACUAAAGAGUGGACAGUGUACGGUCCGCUCUGGACAGGUUUGGCCUAAGAAAAUUACCUUGAACUUGAUCUUAAAGCACAGUGGAUGUAAUGUAGGCCUGGCAGUAGAUGAUACACAUUAUCUUUUAUUUUUGAAAAUAAAUAUGUGGAUUUCUUU